AUGGCCCUCCGACCUGGCGCCGCGGCUCUCCGCGACGCAACUCGCCUGACAUCGUCAACCUGUCACCUCUGCCACCAGUCGUUUCUUGCACCCUCAAUACAUCUACGGACGCACAGGCGCGCGCUCCACAACUCGCCUCGUCAUGACUCGGCAUGGGGAGCUGCCGUCCAGGUCGCGACGAACAUGGUCGGCAACGUCGUCAAAACGACGGCUGACAGGCACGGACCCGGUAUGCGCGUCGAUCCGCUCCGGGCCGUCGCCAAGGAGAUGCAGCAUCUCACGGGCAACAUCAGGAAGCUCCUGGGCUCCGGCCACCCCAGCCUCGACCGUGUUGCGAAAUACUACACACAUGCAGAGGGGAAGCACGUCCGGCCGUUGAUUGUGCUCUUGAUGAGCCGCGCGACACACCUGUGCCCCAAGGCGCACGAGCACACUGGUCACCGCGGUCCUGGCAUCGACAGCUCGAUAUCGCCCACGGGCAUCCUCGGCGACGUCAACCCCAGCGCCCUGCCCAAUUCAUCGCCAGGCGUGAGGGAGGCACCCGAAGAGGCAAACCCGGAUAUUCUCCCGUCGCAGCGCCGCCUCGCCGAGAUCUCUGAGCUGAUCCACACGGCCUCAUUGCUGCACGACGAUGUCAUUGACCACUCUGUCUCGCGUCGCGGGUCGCCGAGCGCUAAUCUGGAGUUUGGCAACAAGAUGGCCGUCCUGGCCGGUGACUUCCUCCUGGGCCGCGCCUCCGUGGCCCUGGCGCGGUUGCGGAACGCAGAGGUGGUGGAGUUGCUGGCCACUGUCAUUGCCAACCUGGUGGAGGGCGAGUUCAUGCAGCUCAAGAACACGGAGCGCGACGAGCGCUCUCCCAAGUACUCGGAGGAGACCCUGGCGUACUACCUGCAAAAGACGUACCUCAAGACGGCCAGCUUGAUCAGCAAGUCGUCCCGCGCGGCGGCGUUGCUGGGAGGUGCUGAUGCGCACACGGUGGAUGCUGCGUACAGCUACGGCCGUAACCUGGGGUUGGCUUUCCAACUGGUGGACGACAUGCUGGACUACACGCGCAGCGGCAAUGAACUUGGCAAGCCCGCCGGCGCUGAUCUCGAGUUGGGCUUGGCCACCGCGCCGCUGCUGUUUGCGUGGAAGCAGAGGCCUGAGCUGGGCGCUCUGGUGGGACGCAAGUUUGAGCGUGAGGGUGACGUUGAGAAGGCACGCGAACUGGUCCUCCAGAGCGACGGCGUCGAGCAAACGCGUAGACUGGCCCAGGAGUACAGCGAGAAGGCGAUGGCUGCGAUUGCCGGGUUCCCUGACAGCGAGGCCAAGGACGGACUAAUGGAGAUGGCAGAGCAGACCAUCAAGCGACAGAAGUGA